AUGCUUAAGAAGACCAACAGGAUUCAGCCCCCGAGCCCAAAAAAGACACAAAGCCCUGAAAACUUUAAUCAACGAAUUGCACACGUCUUCAGACACCAGAGCUAUGUCACCUUCCUUACUGUCUGCUACAGUUGUCACUGUAAUUUCAGAACAUUGAAAAAAACUAAAUUUGGAUCCUGUUGCUGCACUCUGCAAGAGCGAUUAUUUUACCCAUUCCUGAUAAUUUCAUUUGUCUUGUCUGGGAUUUGGCUGUUCCUGUGGAUAGAAACCUCAAAUGAAUACAAUGGCUUUGACUGGGUUUUUUUUAUAGGAACAGGACAAUGGAUCUUCUGGUCUAUUAUUUUUCUGAGUGUAGCUGGGAUCAUGGCUGCCUAUACUUCAUUGCUGUUGUUACUUGGAUUUUUGUUGAUUUGGGAAGGGAUUCGACUAUACCUGCACUGGUGUCACAAGAUCCUGAUUCUGCUAGUGAUCCUGCUAUGCAUCUUUUUUAUGAUCGUUUUAAGAAAAUUCUGGAAUAAUAGGUGGCUGGUAGCUGGCCUGUCACUGCAGGUCAUUGCUCCCUAUGUGCACCUGUGCAGCGUAGCACUGAUGGUUAUCCUUUCCUGGCCUUUGGCUCUCUACUUGACCCAUUUGGAAAGAGAAGUUAGAAUAAGAAGACACAAGAUGACACGUUUGGAGAAAAAAAGACUCAAGCGAUGUAAUAUACUCACAAGGUUAAGAGGUAUGCAGGUGGCUAUUGGAUUGCCCUUUCUUCUUAUCCUUUUAUGUCUCUAUUUGAUGCCACUGAGAAUUUAUUCUCCCUGCAUUCAGGAGAAGGAAGAUUUGGGGCCCAAGCCAUUCGUCUUUGGACAUAGAGGUGCACCCAUGCUGGGGCCUGAGAACACCAUGAUGUCCUUUGAGAAAGCUGUUGAACAUGGAGCCAAUGGGCUGGAGACUGAUGUAUAUAUAAGUUAUGAUGCUGUGCCUUUCCUUAUGCAUGACUAUGACCUGAGAAGAACCACCAAUAUCAUGGAAGUUCUGCCAGAUGCUGCCUUCAUGCACCCUGCCUUCUUCAACUGGAGUUUCCUGUCCACUCUGAAUGCAGGCGAAUGGUUUGUACAACCUCAGCGCAGACCAUUUUUCAAUAUGAAACGUCUAUCUGAGGAGGAUAAAAAAAGAGCAAGAAGUCAGUCAAUUCCAAAACUAGCUGAUUUAUUGAAACUUGCAAAGAAGGAAAAAAAAUUUGUGAUAUUUGAUCUUAAUGGCCCUCCACCAAAACAUCCUUUCAGAAACUCAUUUGUCCGCCAAGUGGUAAAGGUGAUCCUUGCUUCUCAGAUUGAACAACAACAGAUUUUUUGGCUACCAAGCCAUGAUAUGGCAUAUGUCAAGUACAUGGCUCCUGGUUUUCAGCAUAUAGGCCGUACACUCUCCAUUGAAAACCUUACAAGAGAAAAUGUUAGUAGAAUAAAUGUUGACUACAAGGACAUAUUAUUCUCCCAUAAGAUAAGAGAUUAUAUAAAAGCCAACAUCAAGAUCAACUUAUACAUCAUCAACGAGCCUUGGCUUUUCUCAAUGGCCUGGUGCGCCAGUAUUAACUCAGUGACCACAGACAACAUUUCGCUCCUGAGCCAGAUUAAUCACCCUUACUUCUUCAUGACACCAAGGUUCUAUAUGUUGUUGUGGCUUCUCACAGAUAUUAUUUCUGCAAUUUUCAUUUUUGGCAUAUUUUAUUUUUACUGGCAGAGAGAGGCCAAAAGGGGACAAUUGUUUGAAAUCGCCAGCAUUCACACAGGUAGUGGGAGUACAAACCUAAGUGAGGCAGCUUCACGCUCAUCCAUGAACCCAUCCACCCGUACGAAAAGUCCUUGGAGCUUAGAUGCCUUUAACCCAGCUUUAACCAAGAAUUCAAAGGAAUACGGGGUACCCUCCAAGAAACCAGCACCUAUCACAAACUCUGUCACACCUCUGAAGCCUGCCACUCGUGACAUUCAACCACCAGCCCCUAGUCCGAGCCCCCGGGCACCCAGCUAUAAAGCUACCAAUAAGGCCACCCUCCAAACUACAGUACCUGCUUGGCAGGCGGAUAAACCAACAGUGCCCUCCACAGGUGCUCUCCGUCCUGAAAGAAGAGACCCCCAAGAGAUCGCCAGGACUUCAUCUUCCCGUGACACCUAUACAACUGUACAGUCUAUCAUGUACAGCCCGUCCUCUGAACGCUUGUAA